GAGGGUAGAGAAGCAUUCUCUGCUGUUCGUGUCCCAGGAGAGCUCUUUCUUUUCUACUCACCACCCUCAACGAGAAGAUGGCGCUAAGUGGCACCAGUGGAGCGUUCCUGGGUGUGAAUGCAACGGUCACAUAUUUGGGGACUUCACCAACGCCAAUGAAUGGAAGUGACCAGGCCACUCCUGAAAAUAUCACGAUGGGGACACUGAUCUCGCUCUUGCUGAUUGUCAUCAUUUGCCUGGUUGGGCUGGCAGGAAACGCGGUGGUGCUGUGGCUCCUGGGCUUCCGUAUGCGGAGGAACACUUUCUCUGUCUACAUCCUCAACCUGGCGGGAGCCGACUUUCUCCUCCUUUGCUGCCAGAUUAUACGUUCUCUGCAGACACUCAUCUACUACUUCCAUUCCAUCCCCAGGUUUUUUAUCACUGUGUUCACCGUUGCCUACUUCUCAGGCCUGAGCCUUCUCAGCGCCGUUAGCACCGAGCGCUGCCUGUCAGUCCUGUGGCCCAUCUGGUACCACUGCCACCGCCCCACACACAUGUCGGCUGUCCUGUGUGCCCUGCUCGGGGCCCUGUCCCUGCUGCUGAGCAUCCUGAAAGGGAAUUACUGUGGCCUCCUGUUUAGCAGUUUAUAUCAGGUCUGGUGCCAAGGAUUUGAUUUCAUCACUGUUGGGUGGCUGAUUUUCUUAUCUGUGCUUCUUUCAGGGUCCAUCCCUGUCCUGAUCACCAGAUUGCUGUGUGGCUCCCAGUGGGUGCAGCUCACCAGGCUGUAUGUGACCGUCCUGCUCACAGUGCUGGUCUGCCUCCUCUGUGGCCUGCCCUGGGGAUGCAUCCACUGGUUCCUCAUAUACUGGAUUAAGAGUGGUUUAGUUGCGUUCCUCUUUCCUCUUUACCUGGUUGCUCUUGUCCUGUCCUGUAUCAACAGCUGUGCCAACCCCAUCAUUUACUUCUUCAUUGGCUCUUUCAGGCAGCAAUGGAGGAAGCGAAGGCAGACCCUGAAGCUGGUUCUCCAGAGGGCUCUGCGGGACUUUCCUGAGGGGGAUGAACAUGGAGGAAGUCUUCCUCAGGAAACCCUGGAGAUGUCGGGAAGCAGUCUGGCCCCCUAA